AUCUCAUAGUUAAAAAGGCUACGACAAAUUUUAAAUACCACAGUUAAAUAUAGAAGCUAGAAAACUUUUAAAAAAUUGUCAUUUGUUUAAUUUUGUUUUUGCCUGCAAAUGUCGCUAAGUGCGGGGGAUAUCGAUGGCAUCAUUGCGCAAUUGUCCAAUCUGAAGGGCGGCUAUUCCCAGCUGAGUGCGGAGCUGAUCAGCGCGCUGUGCGACCAGGCACGCGUUGAGUUUAGGAAGCGGCCGAUGCUGCUGAAGCUGGAGGCGCCGGUGAAUGUGGUCGGGGAUCUGCACGGCCAGUUUGGGGAUCUGCUGCGCAUAUUCGAGGCAUGCGGCUAUCCGCCGAAGAGAAGCUACCUCUUUCUGGGCGAUUAUGUGGAUCGCGGCAAGCAGUCGCUAGAGACGAUCAGCCUGCUAUUUGCCUACAAGGUGCGCUAUCCGGAGCAGAUGCAUCUGCUGCGCGGCAAUCACGAGUGCGCGAGCAUCAACAAGAUCUACGGCUUCUACGAUGAGAUAAAGCGACGUCAUAACGUCAAGCUCUGGCGCUGCUUUGUGGAUUGCUUCAACAAUAUGCCGGUGGCCGCCGUAGUUGCCGAUCGCAUCUUCUGCUGCCACGGCGGAUUGUCGCCCCAUUUAGAGAGUGUGCAACAGAUACGCGAUUUGCCGCGACCCACAGAUGUGCCGGACUCGGGCCUGCUCUGCGAUCUGCUCUGGGCCGAUCUCAAUCAUAGCAGCCAGGGCUGGGGCACGAAUGAGCGCGGCGUCAGCAUCACCUACUCGGACGAUGUUGUGCGCGAGUUUCUCAGUCGCCACGAUUUCGAUUUGAUUUGUCGCGCCCAUGAGGUGGUCGAGGACGGCUACGAGUUCUUUGGCCAUCGGCGACUGGUCACCAUAUUCUCCGCCCCAAAUUAUUGUGGUCAAAUGAACAAUUCGGGCGCUGUUCUCAAGAUAAGCAAGAAUCUGAAAUGUUCAUUCACCAUCAUCCAGCCCACGGAACUUUUUGAGUAUACCAAGCCGGCGCCCAAGGUGAUCUACACGAACUGCUGAAGCUACAUAUGUAUCUCAACGAUUUCCUCUCACAUCGCUUUGUUUAAUUGUGCAACUGUCGCAAGUCAAGUUCUGAAAUCAAAGCAUUUGGAAUCAGUCAA